GUCCCCUCAUCUCCAAAGGAAAGUUCAUCGGAUUUUUAUUCUAGAGAGCUCAUCUUCAGGAUGUCAGUGAACAUUUCUACUGCAGGAAAAGGUGUGGAUCCAAAUACGGUUGAUACUUAUGACAGUGGUGAUGAUUGGGAAAUCGGGGUUGGAAAUUUAAUAAUUGAUUUGGACGCUGAUUUGGAGAAGGACAGACAGAAAUUUGAGAUGAAUAAUUCCACCACCACCACUAGCAGCUGCAACUCGAAGGAUUGUGGAGGUCUGGCCUCCAGUGGGGCCAGUGCUCCGGCCGCCUUAGCUGAUGGCCUAAAAUUUGCUUCUGUUCAGCCCUCUGCUCCCCAGGGGAAUUCACACAAAGAGACCAGCAAAUCAAAAGUGAAAAGGAGUAAAACUUCUAAGGAUGCUAAUAAAUCUCUGCCUUCGGCUGCCUUGUAUGGGAUUCCCGAGAUCAGCGGCACUGGCAAGAGGCAGGAAGUCCAAGGGCGCCCUGGAGAGGCCACUGGCAUGAAUUCAGCGCUGGGUCAAAGUGUGAGCGGCAGCGGCGGCGGCGGCAACCCCAACAGCGGCAGUCCGGGCACGGGGCCCUCCGCUGCCACCGCGGGGGCGGCCUCCUGUGGGAAAAGCAAAGAGGAGAAGCCAGGUAAAAGCCAGAGCAGCCGAGGCGCCAAGCGGGAUAAGGAUGCGGGGAAAUCCAGGAAGGACAAGCACGACCUGCUUCAGGGCCACCAGAAUGGCAGUGGCAGCCAGGCCCCUUCCGGGGGGCACCUCUAUGGCUUUGGGGCCAAGAGCAAUGGAGGUGGCGCGAGCCCCUUCCACUGCGGGGGCACUGGGAGUGGCGGCGUCGCGGCUGCUGGGGAAGUUAGCAAAAGUGCCCCGGAUUCAGGGCUCAUGGGAAACUCUAUGUUGGUAAAGAAGGAAGAGGAGGAGGAGGAGAGCCACAGGCGAAUCAAGAAACUGAAAACCGAGAAGGUUGACCCCCUGUUUACAGUGCCAGCACCACCACCGCCGAUUUCCAGCAGCCUCACGCCUCCGAUUCUGCCCUCCUACUUUCCCCCAUCCUCAUCCAAUAUUGCAGCACCGGUCGAGCAGCUUUUGGUUCGGACUCGUUCCGUGGGUGUCAAUACAUGUGAAGUUGGAGUAGUGACAGAACCAGAGUGUCUGGGGCCCUGUGAACCUGGCACUAGUGUGAAUUUGGAAGGGAUCGUGUGGCAUGAAACAGAAGAAGGUGUUCUAGUGGUCAAUGUCACGUGGAGGAACAAAACUUACGUAGGGACCCUACUGGACUGCACCAAGCACGACUGGGCCCCUCCCAGGUUCUGUGAGUCCCCGACCAGCGACCUGGAGAUGAGAGGGGGCCGGGGCCGAGGGAAGAGAGCCAGGUCUGCCGCUGCGGCUCCGGGCUCGGAGGCCAGCUUCACCGAGUCCAGAGGGCUGCAGAACAAGAACAGAGGGGGGGCCAAUGGGAAGGGGAGGCGGGGCAGCCUCAACGCCAGCGGGCGAAGGACACCCCCAAAUUGCGCGGCCGAGGACAUCAAAGCCAGCCCCUCCUCCACCAACAAAAGGAAAAACAAGCCCCCGAUGGAGCUGGACCUGAAUUCCAGCUCCGAGGACAAUAAGCCUGGGAAGCGUGUCCGCACGAAUUCCAGAAGCACUCCGACAACUCCUCAAGGGAAACCAGAGACUACUUUUUUGGACCAAGGCUGCUCCUCUCCAGUGUUAAUCGACUGCCCCCACCCCAACUGCAACAAAAAGUACAAGCACAUUAACGGCCUGAGGUACCACCAGGCUCACGCACACUUAGACCCAGAGAACAAGCUGGAGUUUGAGCCCGACAGCGAGGACAAGAUCUCGGACUGCGAGGAGGCGUUGAGUCACGUGGCACUCGAGUGCAGCGAGCCCAGCACAAGCCUUUCGGCUUACGAGCAGGUGAAGGCGCCUGUGUCGCCCGGCUCCGGGCACCCCCCUGGCACCCCCAAGGGGAAGAGAGAGCUGAUGAGCAAUGGUCCGGGUUCUGUCAUCAGCUCUAAAGCGGGCAAGAACUCUGGCAAAAAGAAGGGCCUUCACAGUGAGCUGAACAACCUCCCGGUGAUCUCCAACAUGACGGCCGCCCUGGACAGUUGCUCGGCGGCAGAUGGCAGUUUGGCCGCGGAGAUGCCCAAACUGGAAGCGGAAGGCUUGAUCGACAAGAAGAAUGGGGGCGACAAAGAAAAGGGCAAGAAAGCCAACAACUGCAAAAUGGACAAAAACCUCUCUAAACUUAAAACUGCCCGGCCCAUCGCCCCCGCCCCCGCGCCCGCCCCCGCGCCCCCGCAACUCAUCGCCAUACCCACUGCAGCCUUUACGAGCACCACCACGGGGACCAUCCCCGGACUGCCCUCCCUCACCACGACUGUCGUGCAGGCCACACCAAAGAGCCCUCCGUUGAAACCCAUUCAGCCAAAGCCCACGAUUAUGGGGGAGCCCAUCACCGUGAACCCAGCUCUUGUGUCCCUCAAAGACAAAAAGAAGAAGGAGAAGCGGAAGCUUAAGGACAAAGAAGGGAAGGAGUCGGGGAGCCCCAAGCUGGAUGCCAAGCUGGGCAAACUCGAGGACGCCAAGGGGGCGGGGAAAGAUUUAUCUGGGCAUUUUUUAAAGGACCACCUCAGCAAGAGUGAGGGCCUGGCUAACGGACUGUCGGAGUCUCAGGAGAGCCGGAUGGCCAGCAUCAAAGCCGAGGCCGAUAAGGUUUACACUUUCACGGACAACGCCCCCAGCCCAUCCAUAGGCAGCGCCUCGAGGAUGGAGUGCAGCACUUUGGUGAACGGCCAGGCGCCCAUGGCCCCGCUGCACGUGCUCACCCAGAACGGCGCAGAGACGUCCACGGCCAAGACCAGCAGCCCCGCCUAUUCGGACAUUUCCGAUGCGGCGGACGACGGUGGUUCCGACAGCCGGUCGGAGGGCAUGCGGUCCAAGGCCAGUUCCCCGUCAGACAUCAUUUCCAGUAAGGAGGGUGUUGUCAAAGGGCAUCCUUCGGCUACAGCACAAUCAUCUCAGAUGAAAGAGUCCCAUUCUCCCUACUACCAUGGCUACGACCCUUACUAUUCUCCAAGUUACAUGCACCCCGGGCAGGUUGGAGCCCCUGCCACUGGGAACGGCGGGAGCACGCAGGUCAUGAAGAUCAAGAAGGAAUCUGAGGAGGAUGCAGAAAAGAAAGACAAGGCGGAGCAGCUGGAUGCCAAGAAGGUGGACCAUACUUCGGCACCCCUGCAGCCUCAGCACCAGUCGGUGAUCACACAGAGGCACCCGGCCCUGGCGCAGUCCCUUUACUACGGGCAGUACGCCUACGGGCUCUAUAUGGACCAGAAGUCCCUGAUGGCCAGCAGCCCUGCCUAUAGACAGCAGUACGAGAAGUACUAUGAGGACCAGAGGCUGGCAGAGCAGAAAAUGGUGCAGGCUGGCAGAGGAGAUUGCGACAGGAAGAAUGAGCUCCCCUUGAAAGAGCUGGGCAAGGAGGACAGUAAACAGAAAAACCUGCCAUCUGCCACAAUCUCAAAAGCUCCCUCUACCCCGGAGCCUAACAAAACCCAUUCUAAACUAGGGCCGCCAGUGCCUAAUAAAACUGAGGAGACAGGUAAAUCACAGCUUCUCCCCAGUCACCAGCAGCACCUUCAGGCCGACAGCUUCAAAGCUAAGCAGAUGGAAAACCACCAGCUUAUUAAGGAGGCUGUAGAAAUGAAAUCUGUCAUGGACUCUAUGAAGCAGACAGGUGUAGACCCAACCUCGAGAUUUAAACAAGAUCCAGAUUCAAGGACAUGGCAUCAUUAUGUAUACCAGCCCAAAUACCUGGAUCAGCAAAAGUCAGAAGAUCUUGAUAGGGAAAAGAAGUUAAAAGAGGAUAGUCCCAGGAAGACCCCCACUAAGGAAGGGGGUGUGCCCAGCCUUCCUGUAUCACUAACGAGCAUUAAAGAGGAGCCCAAAGAGGCCAAGCGUCCUGAUUCUCAGUCCCUGGAGGAGAGCAAGCUGAAAAAUGAUGAUGGGAAGACGCCUGUGAACUGGAAGGACUCUCGGGGAGCGAGAGUGGCGGUGUCCUCGCCCAUGAGUCAGCAUCAGUCCUACAUACAGUACUUGCAUGCUUAUCCUUACCCACAGAUGUAUGACCCCAGCCACCCUGCAUACCGGGCUGUCUCUCCCGUCCUAAUGCACAGUUACCCUGGGGCCUAUCUCUCUCCGGGAUUUCAUUAUCCUGUUUACGGGAAGAUGUCAGGGAGAGAAGAGGCAGAGAAAGUCAAUAGCAGCCCUAGCAUCAACACAAAAACAACGACGGAAUCGAAAGCCCUGGACUUGCUCCAACAGCACGCCAACCAGUACCGUAGCAAGUCUCCCGCCCCCGUGGAGAAGGCGACAGCAGAGCGGGAACGGGAGGCAGAAAGGGAGAGGGACCGUCACUCCCCCUUCGGGCAGAGGCACCUGCAUACGCACCACCACACCCACGUUGGCAUGGGUUACCCGCUAAUCCCUGGUCAAUAUGACCCUUUCCAAGGCUUGACCUCCGCUGCCCUUGUUGCCUCUCAGCAGGUGGCUGCCCAGGCAUCUGCAUCAGGAAUGUUUCCUGCACAAAGGAGGUAA